AUGACUUUCCUCAAGCGCACAGAGCGAGAGGCUGACAAUGCCAACCAACUGGAGAAGAAGCCUUCGGACAAUGCUCCAACCGCCCCUCCCACCGAGCAGAAAGUCACCUUCCUCGCUGUAUUCCUUGGACUGGUAGCCAGUAUCGGUGGUUUCAUGUUCGGUAAGCAAGAUCCCCACAUGAUUGCCAGGAAUACUCGUUGACCUGUGGACCUUUUAAUUGGCAGGUUAUGUCUCCGGUCAGGUCUCUGGGUUCUUCCAGAUGGAAGACUACGCCCGCCGAUUCGGACAGCUCAGUGCAGAUGGCUCGUACGAAUUCUCCGCCGUCCGCCAGGGUACCAUCACCGCUCUUCUGUGCGCUGGAUGUCUCAUUGGAUCCUUGAUCUCUGGAAAGCUCGCCGACGUUAUCGGCCGGAAGUUUUCCAUCUCCGCCGCGGCUUUCUGGAGCUGCGUGGGCACCAUCAUUGAGAUCUCAUCUUCCACGUCCUGGGCGCAAUUCGCUGUGGGCCGUGGAGUGAACGGUAUCGGCAUCGGUGCUCUGUCCGUGUUGGUCCCCAUGUACCAAUCAGAGAGUUCGCCUGCCAUCAUCCGUGGUGUGCUCGUUACUUGCUACCAGCUUUUCGUCACCCUCGGUAUCUGGCUUGCGUACAUGGUCGAAUUCGGCACUCACGACCAGGCUUCCAGCGCAUCGUGGCGUAUUCCCAACGGUCUCUCCUUCUUGUGGGCUCUCAUUCUCGGUGCCGGUAUUCUGGUUCUGCCAGAGAGCCCUCGUUUCGCCUACCGCAGGGGACGUGAAGAUGAGGCUCGGAAAACGAUCGCCAGACUCGCGGGUCUUACUCCGGAUGCUCGUGAGGUUAACUACCAGAUCACCGAGAUCCGUGUCAAGCUCGAGGAGGAAAUGUCUGGCGCUGAGGUCUCUUGGCACGAGAUCUUCACUGGUCCUCGUAUGGCGUAUCGUACCAUUCUUGGUAUGGUUCUGCAGGUGAGUUGUGCGAAACAAUCUAUGGCAUCUUGAAUGUCACUGACAUGCAUCCAGGCUGGCCAACAACUGACCGGAGCCAACUUCUUCUUCUACUACGGUACCACUAUCUUCCAAGCCACCGGUCUCACCGACAGCUACGUGACCCAGAUCAUUCUCGGAUCGGUCAACGUCUUCUGCACUUUCGGCGCUCUCUACAUUGCGCAGAAGUGUGGUCGCCGUAACGCUCUGAUGGUCGGUGCCGCCUGGAUCACGAUGUGUUUCUUCGUCUACGCGUUUGUUGGACACUUCGCCCUGGACCAGGAGAACCCUCAAAACACACCAGCGGCUGGCAACGUCCUGAUUGUCUUCUCCUGCCUGGCCAUCGCCGCCUUUGCAACCACCUGGGGACCGCUUGUGUGGGCAGUCGUCGGUGAGCUGUACCCAUCGCGAUACCGUGCUCCCUGCAUGGCUCUUGCCACUGCAUCCAACUGGCUCUGGAACUUCUUGUAAGUGUUGCUAGACUACGAUCAUGAUUCCGAUCAAUCGCUGACGAGACGCGCAGGAUCUCUUUCUUCACCAGGUUCAUUACCGGAGCGAUUGACUACCUCUACGGUCUCGUCUUUGCCGGUUGCUGUAUGGCCCUCGUCGUCAUCGUCUUCUUCUUCGUCAUCGAGUCCAAGGACCGCAGCUUGGAGGAGAUCGACACGAUGUACAUCCUCGGCGUCAACCCGAUCACCAGCGCCAAGUGGGACGGCAGCAAGGUUCCUGAUAGCGGGGAGACCAGCGGCCGAGACAGCAGCGAUGCCGCUGCUGUCGAGAAGAACGAGCCGGUGGAGAGAGUGCCCACGACGACUUUGGAGGAAUAG